AUGCAUCCUCAUUCAGCCUCUCGCUGCUCUCCAUACAUGGCGCAUCUCCAACUCUGAAUCCACUUCGGCUCUGGACACCGGCGGCAGCGCUCGGCUCUCUCUUUCUCUCUCGCUCGCACGCACACACACACACACACACACACACACACACACACACACACACACUCCUACUUUUACAAAUGCAGCGCAGACGACUGGACCGGACAGAGAAAUCCUAUCUGAUCGAGCGCGUCCAUGCGUGAAGGAUGUAGAGCCAGAGGGGGGGGCAGGAUGGAGUGCUCCUGGAAGACGGUGCUGCUGCUGGUCUGUGCGUCUCUGGGGGUCCAGUACACGGCCAUCCGCACCCUGAGGGACUCGCUGUCUGGACCCUGUCAGGGAGCUUACCGCUGCCAGACCAGACACCACAGAGACUCCAGGUGGAGAGCUUUGUGCGAAGACAGUUGGAUGCUCGACGAGUCGCCUCGCAAGCACAUCCUGCUGUUUGCCACCACGCGCAGCGGCUCCUCCUUCACCGGGCAGCUCCUCAACCAGCACCCAGGGAUAUUCUAUGUGUUUGAACCUCUCUAUCAUGUCCAGCAAGCCUUCACCAACUCCAGCAGCAGGCUGCGUCGCACCCUGGAUCGCAGGGCCUUACUCGGAGCAUACAGGGACCUCCUCCUCAAUCUGUACACCUGUGACCUUCACUUCAUGGAGAAUUACAUCCGUCCAGAGCCCCAGGACCAUGUCACAAACUCCUUCUUCCGCAGAAGCUCCAGCCACGCCCUUUGUUCCCGUCCCGUGUGCAUGGAAGGAGGAGAUGUAGCGGCGUCCGAUCCGCCUGAUGAAACCUGGUGUCCUAAGAAGUGUGGGGCCCUCAACCUCACCUUAGCCUCUAUGUCAUGUCUGUCAAGAGGACACGUAGCCAUAAAGACUGUGCGGGUCCCUGAGGUGGGGGACCUGCGGACCCUGACAGAAGAUCCACGUCUGGACCUGAAGAUCAUUCACCUGGUGAGAGACCCCAGAGCCAUCCUUGCCUCACGCAUGAUGGCGUUUUCAGACCAGUUCCGUGCCUGGAAAAUAUGGAACGUGACAGGACGGCAGCCUCGAUAUGUGGACCUGUCGCAGAUCACCAGCACCUGUAAGGACAUGGUGGCCUCUGCAGAAACAGGCCUGCAAAGACCGGCAUGGCUGCGGGGACGCUACCUGCUGGUGCGGUACGAGGACCUGGCGUUCAACCCGAAGGACAAGGCCACUGAGAUCUAUAGAUUUAUGGGGCUGGAGAUGGAGGACAGUGUGCGGAUGUGGAUUGCAAAGAACACCAACAGUAACGCUUCGUCUCCGUCUGAGUGGAACUACAGGUACUCCACCACAAGAGACUCCAGAGCCACAGCAGAGAGCUGGAGGCUACGUCUCGGAUUUGACAUUGUGAGGACUGUGCAGAAUCUGUGCAAUGACACUCUGGCUCUUCUGGGAUACAAGCAGGUUCACUCUGCAACUGAACUCAGAAACUUGUCCCAGAGUUUGGUGGAACACAGAACCUUUCAACCAGUCACAUGGUAGAUUUGGUAAAGGUUUUUAAAAAAAUCUGUCAUAUUCAUUUCUGCUGACUUUCCUCUCUGUCAUGAUGCUGAUAAAAUGAAUGUAAUUAAUCUUAAUUUGUAAUAAUGCCUAAAGUAAUUUAAUAUCACUUGUAUUUUAAUUUUUUAUUGUUUUGUUAAAGAUAUUAAGUGCCAAAUUUCAAGCGUGUGAGUUGCUAGUCAAUACUGCUGUAUUUGUUGAUGAAAAACUCUUCUUGUACCUGUAGAGCAAAACACAGCAUCCUGAAAUGAUCACUAGGUUAUCAUGCUGUUUUUUUUUUCAUCAUUCAGUUUUCUCAUCAUUUCAAAAGACACUUGAAAGAGUCCAGGUACCAUUUCAGAGUUAAUCUGACCUUUAAUCAGACAAAAAGUGAUGUCAGUGAGACACACAGGAAGCGAGGGGGAUUUAUUAGUUAAAAAAAAAAAUGAAAAGAAUAGAAAUUAUAGGGCUUGCCCUCCAAGCAUCUCUAAUGCAUCUAAGAAAAGGAUUAAAAUGUCACGUCGUAGGUAGAAAAUCUUCACCGGUGCAAUCUUCUGCAGAGUACAGCAGCUCUAAUUUCUACGUGAAGAUGUUGAGAAUAUGAGACUAAAUGUUUUUUCUUUACUAAAAACGCUUAUUUACAAAUACUGUAAAAACUGUUACAAUGCAAGUGCGCAAAUGUUAUGUACUGGAUGUGUUUGGACAUUUUUGUCAGUGUAACUAUACCGUUUAUAUUUUUUAGACUUUUUAAAAUAAAUUAUUCAUAUGUAAGUAAUACAUGUCUACCACGCUACUGAAAUCUUCUUGCAACCACGUUUUUUUUAUGUGUUUUUUUAUUUCUUCAAUCCUGAGAGGCAGGCAGAUAAGUGUUUGAGUUUUAGUACUAAAAACAGAGAAUGGUGCAAAUUCAUUGUCUUUUCUCUUCUAAUCCCUUUGGUUUACAAUUCAUUUGGUUUGUCUUUCAGCCAAAUUUCUAUCCGUUUGAUGUGUCUGUAGUGACAGAUAUGUUUUUGAACACACUGCUCACACUGUGUUUCAUUUUGAGUAAGCUUUGAACCUAAAAGAGUAAUACCAGGAUCAUUCAGCGGCGGUCUGCAGUGGAGUAUGGUCAGAGAUUAGACAGCUGCAGGUUCUUUGCCAGUUCCACCAUUUGAAAUUAGUCUUUGUGUCUAAACAGAAAAAAAGAUGCGUGCCAUCUCCAGACACCAGCCCAUUUAUUUCCACAUAGAGCUGCUCUCUUGAGAUAAAUGCUUGAAGUAGUUUCUGAGGAAGAACUCGUAGCAUGAAUCAUAGCCGAACCAUUGAUUGACUGUGAUUUUCUUGCCUUUCAAAUGCUUGCAUUGCAUUUUCCUAUGGAGGCUGCAACUGUAGCCCGCUGGGAGCUAUGAGCUUUAAUGGUUAUGCCGCUGAAGAAAGCCACUCCAGAGUGAAGGAAAGUAUGCAAUUUGAGUGGAACAGUCACACUGCUCUGUGAGCAUUAUUAAAUCUGAGGUAAAAUUGUCCCUUUAACAAAGUAUUUUUAGACACCCAGUCCUCCUUCCUAUAAAGCUGCCCUAUAGCUGCUGACACCAGGGAUAUCUCAGCGCAGCCCAAAGAAUUGAUCUACAGAUCCAGCUAAGGAUUUAAGAUGCAUGGAGAAAAGAGCGGCCGUCUUUCUUUGAACUUAAUCUGCACAGCUACACAAACUGGCCAUAAAGCAAAGCUUUAUGACACCCGUGGAGAUGCGGUUCAUCGUUUUUUCCAUCCCCACCCUGACACGCAAAGCUGCAAGUGGCCUGAGUCAGCCAUCAGCUAAUUACCCAUUUCUUUGCACUCAAUACUGGCAAACGCUUUCUGUCUCCUUAAUUGUGCUGACAAAUUUAGGUCUUAUCAAUACUUACAAUACAAAUAUGAGGUGCAUGCUGAUAUUGGGAAAUGGAAAAUAGCACAUUGUUAAUCUACACCAGUGGCUCCCUAACCUUUGUUAGACAUAUGCCCACCACAAAGUCCUUUAAACAUUAUCCAUUGUCCUUAGCUGUCUGAUUUAGCAGUUAUACUUUGAGCUAACUAUUUCAACAUCACUUUAAGCUCUUAAGACUUCUCUGUGUUCUUGCUAAAUAGUUUUCACACAGUCUGAAUGUUACAGCUGACUCAAUAUGUGGAUGAAUUUCUUUUUCAAAUAAUAUUUUCCAUUUUAUCACAAUCGUUGAGUUAGUCCACAAUUUUUCCACAUACCCUCGGGGAACAGAAGAACAUCCUGGGCUACACUCUCAUAGCUGGACAUAUAAAACAGGUCAGAGGUCAGAGUAGAUGCAAGAGGAGCUCACACAUUAAUGAAACAAAACAACAUGCUCAAGCAAAGAUGUCCAAAGGUUUAAGUAGCCACAUUGGUUUGUGGUCAUUUGGACAGAGGCCACGCUGACAUCUGUUACACUUGACAGCUCCUGGGAAGCAGGGCGACACGUUGACUUACCUCUUUUUGCUGUUUUUGGAAUCAGCCAUGUUGUUUUCAGAUGUUCAGUUUUAUUUUAUUUUAUUAUUCUGUUUUAUGCAUCAUCCUCUUGCAUCAGUGAUUUGCAUGUGUAUGGAUAACAGAAAAAAGGGAGUGGUUUACUUCAAAAUCUAAGAGAUUUUUCUUAGCAUAAGCUCAGCACAAUAAAGUAAAAUAGCAUGUUACAUUUCAGUAAAGAUGGAGGCUUGCUGGCAGAAUGAAGAUCACCCUCAAGCAGAGAGGUUUAAGGUUCAAAUCCUGAGAAGGCAAGAAUCUCCACGACUGUACUCUCAUCUACACUGUGAGCUGCAGCAAGCAAAAUGAGAGUUUUCCUGCAGGGAUCAAUAAAAAAUCACAUUCAUAUACAGCAGCAACGAAUAUUGUGUUUAUUAGAUUCAAACACAGCAGACACGUGAUUUCUUCUAAUUGUUUCCUUUGCUUCAAAAUGGUGCACAUCAGGAAUAGCCAAACAUAUAUGUUUUUUCCCCCCUCUUUAUCUUUAUUCAAGAGCAUGGUCUUUCAAUUUGAGAGCACUGAUUUCACUUUCAGAUUUUUUAAUGCUUUUCUGCUGCCUGUGCACUCAAAUAGCCCCUGCUUGUGUUUAGAUUUGCCCUGCCUCUGCUCAGACUGUAUGCUUGCACCAAAUAUGCUUUGAUUAUUUUCUCCUCCCUAAUCGUUUCACCUGUGUCUCGUUAUCUCCUUCUCACUAGGGUUUUUAAUUUAUCUGUUCCCCUCACUCUCUGCCAGUUCGUCAGUAUCUUUUCACUUACGUACGUUCCAGCCAUUUUCCUAGUGUUUGUCUCCCAGUGGUUUUUUGUGUUUCGCUUGGAUCCUUGCCUGUACCCUUUGGACUUGCUUGCCUUGUUGAACUGCUGGUGGUUAUGACCCUUGCCUGGAUUUUAGAUUUUGUUCUUAGCCUUCUACCUGUUGGAUUUGUUUGCCUGUAUUGGACUGCUUCCUGUUUUUUUAUCUUUGCCUCCUCACCUCCACCACUCAGUAAGCCUUUUGUCCCUGUUUCAUCGUUUAAAUAAAUCACUGAACUGUA